AUGGGCGCUUUUCAGGAUCUACGUUUGUUGGAACAAUUAGAUAUUUCCAACAAUGAUAAAUUAACUCUGGAAUCGAUACCAAACAUCACACACAAAAUCAAUCCAGGUAUCGCAUUUCUAGACUUUGAAAAAAUCCAAUGUACUAUUGGAACUAGUCGAGUAUUAAGGAAAAGACAUGUGAGGAACUUAAAAAAUACCAGCCUUGAAAAAUUAAAUAUCGCCUCCAACCGAAUUGCGUAUCUUGAGUUAGGAGUGACGAAAUUUAUUCCUAAUACAUUAAAAUAUGUAAAUGCUGGUGAUAAUGUGAUGAGUAACGAGUUAUACAUAUUCGAACUUCAUCGUCUUGAAGGACUUGAGAUCUUGAACGUUAGUUACCAGUUUCGCACUCAUCAAAUGUUUCCAGAUUUCUUCACUAGUUGUCAUGACGAUAAUGCUGAAAUUUUACCAAAGGAACAAGAUCAAUUAGUUUUCAGCACUGAAAGAAAACGAAACGAACAACUCAGAAAAAACUUAACAUCUGACGUAGUUCAACAUUUUAUAAUCACUUUGUAUAUACCUCCGAAGUUGAAAGUUUUGUACAUAGAAAAUACUCAAUAUACAUUAUCUAUUUCUAUCCCAGUUAUUGCCAACAACAGUCAAAUCACUCAUGUUUAUGGUAAAAAUAAUCUGUUCAUGACGGCUUUCUCUCCUAUUUACAGUAUAAAUAAACUGGAAUAUCUUGAUUUAUCACGUAAUCUUCUCUCAAAUAUAACGAAAAAAAUCUUCAUUGACUGCAGCAAUUUGACAUUCUUAAACUUAUCUUUUAACAUGCUUGGGAAUGUAUUGGCUUCACAAAAGAGCAGCACAAUCUUUAAAUAUUUGCCAAAUCUGGAAGUCAUUGACCUCUCAUCAAAUGGAAUUACCAUAUUAUGGCCUGAUAUGUUCAAAUCUUUCGGGAAACUUAAAUGUCUCAACGUGAGCCUCAACAAAAUUGGUAACUGGGCUGUAAAUAUCGGUUACAUGAAACAUCUCACUUCAUUUGAUAUAUCUUACAAUGAGAUAAGUGUGCUCGACAGAGAGACUAUGGAUGAUCUGGAGCUUUUAUCUUCCUUCAAUCCCAUUUCGAUCAAUCUAGCAGGAAAUCCUUUAAUGUGUUCAUGCGAAAACUUGCCUUUUUUGAACUGGUUACAUUCCUUAAUUUCUUCAAGACAUAUUGUUUUUCAUAAAUUGCGGGAAUACAGGUGUGUAUUCUCAAAUGGUUCUGUGGCUAAAAUAGGUAACGUACACGGUUUUAUCCAGCAUUUACAAAGUGAAUGUCGAGAAUAUCCGAUUAUUACACUGGUCUGUGCAUUCUGUAUCACGGUAUUUUUGGGAGUGUCCUUGGGUAAAGUUAUACAUAGAUAUCGUUGGUCGCUGACGUAUUGGUAUUACGUUAAUAGAGGAGCAAAGAGACGUUUUAAAAGAGAAAAUGUCUUUUAUUACAGAUAUGAUUUAUUUAUAUCUUAUGAUGAAGAAGACCGAGAUACAGCUUUAGAAAUUGUAAACAUUCUCGAAAACAAUAAGCACUUGAAAUGCUGCUUACCUGAAAGGGACUUCAUGCCUGGAACAAAUAUGUAUGAUAACAUUAUAAAUUCUAUUCAUGUCAGCAAAAGAAUAGUGUGCAUGCUUUCAAAAAACUACCUAAAUUCUCAAUGGUCCAUGAUUGAAUUUCAAAUUGCCCAAAUGGACUCGGUGCUUUCAAAGAGUCGAAAGGACAAGAAUGUUCUCAUAGGAGUCUUUCUUGAGAAAAGAUCACUCUUCGAACACGUACAAUACAUGAAUAAGGCAUUAUUAAGCCUUUUAGAAUCUGAUUCUUGUAUGACUUACUCCAAUGAUAGAAAUGCACAGUUUGUAUGUUUAGAGAAACUUUGUAAUAUGUUAUAA